AUGGCUUAUGAUUUAGGAUUUGUUGUGGUAAUAGUAAGAUCUGACAUAGCUACUAGUGUACGGGGAAGAAAAACGUUCGUCAUACUUGGAUGUGAAAGAGGGGGAAAAUAUAGGAAAUACAAAGUUGAUGCAGUGGCUAGUGUAUACGACACUCGUAAAUGUGAAUGUCCGUUUAGAUUAAAGGGUAAACCAUGUUCAGAUGGGGCCGGAUGGGUGUUGAAGGUGAUGUGUGGACAUCACAACCAUGAGUUGGCUGAAACUUUAGUUGGCCACCCUUAUGCUGGCAGGUUAAAUACGAGUGAGAAGUCAUUACUGGUUGAUAUGACAAAGAGUAAAGUAACACCUGCAAAUAUUUUAUUAACAAUCAAACAAAAUAAUGAUCGAAAUGUCACAACGAUUAAACAAAUAUACAACGCAAGGCAUGCGUAUAAACGAUCAUUAAGAGGGUCCAGAACUGAACUACAACAACUUAUGAUGUUGUUGGAUCGGGAUAAGUACAUUCACUGGAGUAGGUGUGCUGAUGAUUCAGAGGUUGUUACUGACUUAUAUAGACUUCCGUUGCUUGAGAUUGUGGGUAUGACGUCUACAGGGUUGACCUUCUCAGCAGCAUUUGCUUUCUUGUCUACUGAAAGGCAGAGUAAUUUCACAUGGGCUUUGGAAAAGCUAAAAGGUUUAUUUUUAACAUCUGAGGGUGGUCCUAAAGUCAUUGUCAUUGACCGAGACUUGGCUUUGAUGAAUGCCAUAGCAAAUGUAUUCCCUGAGUCAUAUCAGAUGUUAUGUCGGUUCCACAUCCUUAAAAAUGUUAAAGCUAAAUGCAAAAUGUUAGUUCAUUCUACUGAGGUUUGGGAAGUGUUGAUGGAUGCAUGGGAAAAUGUGAUGGAUUGUGCUGAUGAAAGCUUGUUUGCUGAGUAUGUGAAUGGUUUUCAAUAUGCAAGCAGUUCAUGGCCUCUGUUCUUUGAAUAUGUCAAUCAGAAUUGGAUUAUUCCGUACAACACAUACUUUGUAAAGUUCUGGACGAACAAAGUAAUGCAUUUAGGGAACACAACCACAAAUAGGGCUGAAUCUGCUCAUUGGAGCCUGAAGAAAGUUCUGGGCAAUAGUAUGGGUGAUUUGUGUUCUUGUUGGGAUAAUAUUCAUAACGUCAUUAUCCUACAACACAACAAGAUUAAGGCGUCAUUUGAAAGUAGUUUGUUGCUCACGAGUGACCAUUUUAAAGGCUACAUAUAUAAAGAACUUAUUGGACGUGUGUCUCGAUAUGCAUUGGAUCUCAUUGCUCAGGAAUUGAAAAUAGUGCAACAGAUAGGAUUGAACUCCUCAAAGUGUGGAUGCGUAUUGAGACGUACAUUUGGUGUCCCGUGUGCAUGUGAAUUAGCACGAUAUGAUCCUAGGAUGAUCCCUAUAGGUGAAUUUCAUAUCAUGUGGCGAAGAUUGCAUUUCUCAAAUGUUGAAUUAAAUGAAACUGAGCCUCAGUUAUCCAUUAAAGAUGAGUUGAAACAAGUAGAAGAACGAUUCAAUGAGGCUGACGUUGGCGGUAAAGUCACCAUCAAGCAGAAGUUACUUGAGAUUGUUUGUCCUACAUUAACAUCAAUGGUCCCUCCAUUACAUAAAGUCAAGACAAAGGGUGCACAAAAAAGUAAAGUUAAACGAAAUGAAAGGUCUACUACGCGGGAUCCAUCAUAUUUUGAGUAUGUGGACGCCUUUCAUUCAACCAUAGAAUCUUCAUCUAUGAGAAGUAAAUUACAAUCAAAUCCAAAACCAAUGAAGAAAAGGAGAGUUCCAAUGAUAGACCAGUUUCAUUCUACUACUCACCCCUUCAUUGUGGACGUUGUUGAUGUUGUGGCUGAUGGUCACUGUGGGUAUAGAUGCAUUGCUGCGUUGUUGGGACUCGGAGAAGAUUCAUGGCCCGUUAUCAGGAAUGAGUUGUACAAAGAACUCAGUGCAUGGCGUGAUGAAUAUGCAAGCCUAGUAGGAGGCUAUGAUAGACUAGAAGAACUGAGAAACUCUUUGUUGGUGCAAUCACUGUCGGCGGCUAACAUGAACAAGUGGAUGACAUUACCAGACAUUGGUUAUGCAAUUGCUAACCGAUAUAACGUUAUCUCAGUGUGUUUGUCAUACUCUCAAAAUUAUACUAUCUUCCCAUUACGUUCCACACCACCUUCUGAUAUAACUCAACAUCGCUUAAUUUGUAUAGGACAUGUUCAUGGAUGUCAUUUUGUGCAGGUUAAGCUACAAGAAGGUUGUCCGUUGCCCAUGGUGAAUAUCAUGUCCUCAACCCACUGUUAUCCUGAGGCACGAGCGUGGUCAUCUAUUUAUACUAGUAGGAUGCACGCAUUUGAACAGUUGAUGGACAUAACAACAUCUUAUGUUGACUUAGGUGAUUCGUGA